AUGGAGAUGCCAGUUUUCUACCCUCUGUGCUUGAGAAAUCUGGAGAUUUCUAUGUUGGCUCCUGGCAAAUGCAGAGGAUACAACAUGCUUCACAUGCAGAAAAUCCUUUCUCUCCAACAUUUCUUCAAAGAGGUACCUAGUCAAAUUCCACUACAAUCCUGCCAAGAAGAAUUGGAGCCCCAAGAUUGUGUUUUUGAAGCUGAUCACUUCCCCAUGGAAACUAUGGCAACACAUUUCUCUUCGAAGGAAGAUCAACUUCUGGUUUGGAUGGUUGAUUUUUAUUGUCAUGGACGCAGUGAGAGUGAACACCUGCCAGGAUUAUCUCUCCAACGAAACGCCCCAUAG